AUAUAAAAAUGUAGAUCCGGAAUAGAUUAAUUAGUCAAUUUGUUCGGAGGUCGUUGGGUAUUCAUUACAGGUGCCAUGGGAAUCAGUAUUAUGGUUGGACUGGUGCUGAUCGCAGGUAGUUAUGCAUUGUUUGGAUAUGGACGACGUAUUGAUUUCUCUGACGGUUUUCACCCGAUGCUUUACUUCAGUUCGUCGCAAAUUCACGAGAUUAGUGGAAGAGCGACCACAACACACGAAAAAAUAGCAAGGGAUAUUCGAGAAGCAGGAAUAGCUUUUACUACAAAACCAGACCGAUAUUUACCGCCUAAGAAUCACUCUGUGUUUGCAUCCCGUUGGAACGAAGUGUAUGGAAAUAAUUUAUGUGGAUUUGCCAUGUAUGUCUUUUUGUAUCCCACCGAUAAAGCUGCGUUCAGGUAUAUUACAACUUAUAUGGAUAGGAUGGCGAGUUAUCCGGAUUGGUACGUAGCAGAAAGCUACCUUAUGGAUCAGGUGCCGGUCGGUCAUUCACUCAUUGGUUUUUCAACUGCAUUCGAUCUCCUUUAUAAUAGGUUUGAUUUGGCGAAACGGCAGCUUUAUUAUAAAAAAAUCAACAGUACAAGUCACCAUCUUUACGAAAUGACGCUAAAAUCUAAAUUUGGUUGGACCAAGCAGUACACCCAUAACCAUGCCGCUAGCAACAUAGUUGCUCUCUUAAUUGGAUCAUUAUUGGUUUCAGUCCACGAGCCUGAUGUUGCUGAGCCUUGGAUUGCCGAAUCGAAAAAGCAUUUAGACGCGGCAAUGCUCAUGCUAUCGCAUGUCACCGAUGGAUCUCUUGAUGAGGGAGUAUCAUAUGGCAGCUAUACUUCGCGCGGACUGACACAGUAUGUGUAUCUUGCAAAGAAACAUCUCAAAACCGAUCACACAAGUAAUCCUUGGCUCAAACAACAUUUUUGGUUUUAUUACAAAACUAUCUUACCAGGAUUUCAGAGAUCGGUUGGAAUUGCGGAUGCAAAUCACAAUUGGUUUUUUGGUCCAGGAAGUCAACUUACUUUCUUAGACAAUUACGUCAUGAAAAACGGGUACGGCAACUGGUUAGCGGCCAAAAUCAGACGUGCGAGACCAAAAAAUAAGCCACUCGCACCUUCUAAUGCACAAAUUUGGAGCAUGAUGCACACUGAAUACAUAUUUUACAAUGCAUCUGUGAGACCGCGACAGCCAGCUGAAUGUAACGUUAAAAAUAUUCAUUUUUAUUCAGACUGGGGUGUCGUCACGUACGGUGGGGGCGAAGAUAUGAAGAAAGGAAAUACAUUUUUAUCCUUCAAAUCGGGAGUUCCGAACGGAGAGUCGGCAGUUGACAUCAUGUUUAAUAACCGUUAUCCCGAUCAAAUAAACGCAGCGCGAUGGAAAAACUUUAAUCCGGGCCAUGAACACCCCGAUCAAAAUUCAUUUGUUUUUGCACCGAACGGGAGAUAUUUUAUUACAGAAUCUUUGUAUGGACCAAAAUAUUCAUAUUUAGACAAUGUUGUGGUUUUUUCUCCUUCCAACACUUCCCAGUGCAAUCAACCAUGGGAAGGCCAAAUAGGCGAGUGCAAUAAAUGGCUCAAAUAUCAAAUUUUAGAAGAAGGCAUGAGAGGUGAUAUUCUAACGGCUGUUACAUCAAAUGGAAUAGUUUUCAUUGCAGGAGAAGCUGCGAAUAUUUAUUCAAAAUCUCUCCAGUUGAGCAGUGUAUAUCGUGGAAUUCUGUUACUAAAUCCAGAAGUUCUAAUUGUGGUUGAUAGUAUAAAGCUCGACCCAGGAAGCGGUACGAAAAGAGCAAGUUCUCUAUUUCACAAUAUGCUGCACAAAUUUAAAGAAUAUCAUCAUCUUGGAUACGAAGGAGCUCAAGUUCAUUAUCCGGAAGGUUCUUACUCCAUGUUUUCCGUAAAAAUGAAUGAUAGAAACAUCAAUACCACAUUACACAGCGGUGUUCGGCCGAUAGGUCUGCGGGAAGGUCCUACGAACUUUAUCAAUGUUACCUACUCAUUGUCCGAAGGCACUACAAAUGUUGUUCAUAUUUUUACUGGUCCCAACUAUAACAUUAAAUCAGCCUCUAUUUUGCCCAAGAGUGGACCAUUAGGGGUUAUGCUCAGUGUUAGUAUUAACAAUAUUGAGCACGUGAUCAACAUUUCAACUGCUGUAAAACCGAAAACAAAGAAGGCAUCUCCAAUCAAAGACAGAAAAAGCAUUACUGGAUUUGGGGGAUAUGCUUUUGUCAAAAUAGGAUCGAAUGAACAACACUUAGGCCUCGAUAGCCGAAUGAUACAUGAUAAUUCAGAGGCAGAAAACGACAUUCAGCCUCUUCAUCACUACGUUACAUCUCAGAUGACUACAUCACAAUUACCAGAUGUUUCGAAAUUUACGCUGUCAACGUCAAAAACUUGCUCAAGUUUUCCUAAAUCUGCAAAUUCGAAAUCAAUUAAUUCGUUGCAUUACUGGCCCUUAUUUUCUGUUGAGGCUAAAACUAUAGUAUUGCCACUUACUGCCGCGUUAUUUGUAUUGUUUGUCCUAUUUCUUGCAUAUAAAAAGAAUCUCAUCAGGCGGAGUGUUAGGAAAACUAGUCGACAAUCGAAAUUCGGUGUGUUUUCUCUUGUUCUAUUGACCAUUAUCAAUUUGUUAUGCAUUGAUAAAAACGGCACCAAUACAUGUUUCGAUAGAUGGCAAGCGAGGAAUUUGAAAAGGGAAAGUGUAAACUCGACUGCAGGAGAGAUGAGAAUACCUUCAUCACCUUUUGUGUUCGUUACUGCAUUACCUGGAUCAGGCAGCGAGUUGAUGGAAUAUUUAUUUGAAGACGAAAACGAAUUCCUUUUUAUAAAUUCUCCUGACAACAUAACAAUUCCUGUAAAGGUUCACGACACAAGCAAGAUAAAUUUGUGCUUGUGGAAUUCUUUGCAAAAUCAGUUCAAUCUUAUCACCAUGGGGUGGUUUACAUCGCUAAUAACGAAGCCAUUACUUCAUUUCAAUCAAAACUUAGAGUCAAAAUAUAUUCUUGAAAUCAGGCGGAAGCUACGUCAGAAUUUCAACCCUACAGUUGUACUGAACGAUAAUUCUGGAUUUUGGAUAACAAAAUUACCUUGGAUUCGCCAGGUUGUUGGAAAAGGCAAUUUUCAGCCAAUUCUAGUAGUUCGUGAUCCAAGAUCGUGGGUUCGCAUAAUUCUUUACGAUCGCAACACAAAUAGGCGAAGAAGACUUCUUAAUUCUUUUGCUAAAUCUUAUCGAAGCAUCGGAAAAUCGUGUGAUGUUGAUGGCCUGGAUUAUCCUGAGUUUUAUUGGCAUUUCAAGCAAUUUGAGGCUUUAAGGAAAACAGAACUAAGCACUGUGGAACAACUUGCUGUUAUUUGGACGAUAAGCAUCGCAAACGCUUUGACGAACGAAGUUUCAGAAGGGCAAUGGCCUUUGCACAUUGUGCGUUUUGAAGAUGUUGUAAGUAAUACAGAAAGGACAGCAACAAACAUAUUUGAAAAGUUAGGACUUCCACUGAAGCUUCGAUUUUUAAAUAAACUUACUCGAGUAGCAAGAAGUCAAUAUUUUACCGUUCCAUUUGAUGGGAUCAUUAAACCCUCCACCACCCAUAUAUGGAAAAUGGGAUUAAGUGAAUCGAAUAUAAGAAAAAUUGUUGAGAUAUGUUGUCCUUUAAUGACUAUUCUAAAAUACGAAUGUUGAAUAGUUGGGACGUCUGCUCUGGAUUGAUCAGCUUAUUUUACCAGUUGGUGCUAGUGGUUUCGAGCAUGGUACAUUUAUUUUUGGAAUUGAAAAUUAUAUAUAUUCCACGACGAAGUAGCGGAUUUGAGUGCUUUGACUUAUCACCUUAGUUCAAAAAAUAUGGAUUUUCCCCCCAAAAAAUGAAAAUUAUCUUCAAAUUAUUGCUAUUUUUACAUUAACGUUUUUUAUGUUCAUGUCCUGUCAAAUAUAUAAGAGGUAUAAGAAA